CGUUGCCUAGAGACGGUCUGUGGGAGGCAGCGAGGAUGAAGGAGGAUGAUGGAGGACGCGGGAGGGUGCUGUCGCCCUGAUGCUGGGGGGCUGUGAUCUCGGACCCCCGGAGCCCUGCGGAGAGGCCAUCCUUGUAUGAGCGGCGGCGGCGGUCGCUCACCGGCGGUCCGCGCUUCUGACGGAUGGUCGUGGAGCUCCGCGCGCCCGGCCGCCAGCGCAGGCCCCGUGCUGCAGCGCUCUAUCCCCGCGGUGCCAGCGGCGAGGCUGAGCCACAGCGCCGCUGGAGGGGCCCGGGAGAGCCCGGGAGAGCCGCAGCGGCGGCGCACAUCGACGAGCCCGGCCAGCGAGAAGGCGCGCGGACCAGCAGAGACAGAGGGCGGAGACCAUCUCUUAUUUUGCCGACGCACAGAAGGAGGGCGCGCGUAACGUUGGCCCCGGACAAGCAGCUUCUAGCUCUAAAGUCAGCUGUCGAGUAUGAGUUGCGGGCUGUGGUCAAGGUGAAGGAGCACGAGGCGGAGAUCUUGGGCACUGAGCACAACGUAAUGACGGUGUGGUCCAUGGUGGAGGAGCUGAAAAUGGAGAAACGCUCCCAGAGGGAAGACACGAGCACCUCGCUGAGGAAUGCCCCAGAUGCCAGCGGGGAGUCGGAGGAGGGCAGCAGCUCAGAGAGUGAGGCAGAGCCAAUGGGGACCCGCAGGAGGGAGCCGCUCGUCUCCGCCAAACCGCACCGGCAGCUCUGCCGCUCCCCCUGCCUGGACAGGCCCAGCUUCUCCCAGAGCAGCACACUACACGAGCUUCGUGCCGAGGAGGGCCGGCCCGGCAGCUGCACACCUGGCACGGAGAAGGAGUACCAGACGAAGAUGGAUUUCGCGCUGAAGUUGGGUUACUCGGGGGAACAGAUCGAAAUGGUGCUGAACAAGCUGGGAGCCAACGCCCUGAUCAAUGACUUCCUCGCUGAGCUGGUCAGACUGGGCAACAAGGGCGAGGUAGAGGCCCAAGUGAGUGGUUGCGUCAGCACGGGCACCGUGGUGACUCGGGGCCCGUGCGCCAAGGAAAUUGCCAGUCCAGAGACCUCACUCGAGGAUGAAGCGGAUGACACUUUUGAUAACUUGAGGCCUAUAGUCAUCGAUGGCUCAAAUGUGGCAAUGAGCCAUGGAAACAAAGAGGUAUUUUCUUGCCGUGGCAUCCAGUUGGCGGUGGAUUGGUUUCUGGAGAAAGGACACAAAGAUAUCACGGUGUUUGUUCCAGCUUGGAGAAAAGAGCAGUCCAGGCCCGACGCCCCUAUUACAGAUCAGGAGAUCUUGAGGAAGCUGGAGAAAGAAAAGAUCUUGGUGUUUACUCCUUCCCGGAGGGUCCAGGGAAGAAGAGUGGUGUGUUACGAUGACCGCUUCAUAGUCAAGCUGGCCUGCGACUCUGACGGCAUCAUUGUGUCCAAUGACAACUACAGGGACCUGCAGAACGAGAAGCCUGAAUGGAAAAAGUUCAUAGAGGAGCGUCUCCUGAUGUACUCCUUUGUGAACGACAAGUUCAUGCCGCCAGAUGACCCGUUGGGUAGACAUGGUCCGAGCCUGGAAAAUUUCCUCAGAAAGCGUCCAGUCGUCCCAGAGCACAAAAAACAGCCAUGUCCAUAUGGAAAGAAAUGCACUUAUGGACAUAAGUGCAAAUACUACCAUCCUGAGCGUGCAAACCAGCCUCAGAGGUCAGUGGCCGACGAGCUACGGGCAUUCGCCAAGCUGUCCGCCGUGAAGACAAUGAGCGAAGGAGCCUUGGCCAAAUGCGGCACGGGGCCUGCAGGUGCGAAGGGUGAGAGUGGUUCGGAGGCAAAACGUGUGGCUCCCAAGCGUCAGUCGGACCCCAGUAUCCGCUCGGUGGCUCGUGAGCCCGAGGAGCGGCUGCUAGUUGCUCGAAAGCCAGACACGAGCUCCGUACCCUCACUCGUGACGGCCCUCAGCGUGCCGACCAUGCAGCCCAUAAAGAGCCACGCGGCCGGUGCCCUGAACACGCGGUCGGCAAGCAGCCCCGUGCCCGGCUCCUCCCAAUUCACGCGCAGCUCCCUGGAUCACAUGUCCAGCAUGCAGUACCCACCCAUCCUGGUCACGAACAGCCACGGCGCCUCGGUCAGCUACAGCGAGCCCUUCGCCAAGUAUGACUCGGUUGGCGACCAUGGCUACUGCUCCAUGCUGAGCGACUUCUCCAGUGUAAGCCUGGGCAGCAUGCACAACACAGACGCCUUCUAUAGCAUGGAGCACGAGCACCCGAUGUACCAGCGGAACCCGAGCCCCUGCCCGGAGCCGUGCCUCAGCCACUCCAGCAGUGACUCCUUCUCCUCCUACGGGGACCUGUAUCCAAGCUCGGUGGACGGCAGUCUGGAGGAGAACGCGAAGGUCCACCAGCCAUCUUCGCAGGGCCGCCUGCCGGCUUUUGCUCACGCUUUCCACCGCGAAGCUCUGACGCGGGUGCAAAGCUAUGGCCCCGAGGAGCCCAAGCAGGUGUUGCGAAAGCAGCCCGUGUCCCACCUGGCCCCGCACCUCCAGCACCCGGCAGUGGGAGCCCGGUCCAGUUGCCCCGGCGACUACCCCAUACCUCAGACGGCACACCCCUCGUCCGCCUCGCAGCCGAGCCGCUCCCUGGGCAUGACCCGCAUGGACAGUAUCUCGGACUCGCGCCUGUACGAGAGCAACCCCACGAGGCAGAGGCGGCCCCCACUGUGCAGGGAGCAGCACGCCAGCUGGGAUCCUCUUCCCUUCGCAACUGAAUCCUAUGGAUACCACUCGUACCCGCUGAGCAACAGCCUGAUGCAGCCAUGCUGCGAGCGAGUGAUGGUGCGCAGCAUGCCCGAAAGGAUGGAGCAGAUCUGGCGCUCUCCUUGGGAGGGUCUGCCCACCGAGUUUCAUGACCGCCAGGGUGUCCCAGAGCACCAGUACCAGACCUACCGCAACCUCUGCAACAUCUUCCCCUCCUACAUUGUGCGCUCAGUCAUGGAGAAGAACCCCCACCUGACUGAUCCGCAGCAGCUCGCUGCCAUCAUCGUCGCCAAGAGUGCUUGCCGCUAAGUGUUUAGUUUGAAGGCAAAGUCAGUUUAACGUUAUAUACUUAAGCGGCAGGAAAAGGUGGUGCUCGGACUGCGUGUCUAAUUAUUUGCAUCCAGAUGAGCACUAGUGUAAACGUGUGGUUGACUUUCACUUGAUUGUUUCCCCACAACUGCUCAUUAAAUCAGAAGGAAGCCUAGGGGAGUGCAUACCUCAUGGAAUUUAAACUUUUAUGGCCUUAUAUUCAGGUGACUAUGCCGCGGUCAUCCUCAACCACUCUUCAUUGGGAGUUUUAACGCUGGAAGAUCUCUUGCUUUUUUUUGAAGCCUCAGACACUGCCCAUAUUUACAGUAUACAUGUGUUUUCCUUAUUGAUGAGUCUGGGUUGGACUUUGCAACACUUAUACCGGAGCCACAAAAAUGGGGAAAAUACUAAUAUUUAAAAUACUUACUGACACACAGAUACA